AGUGGCUAACCCAUCCGAAGCUCAGAGAACUGAAGAUGCAGAUUCCAGCGUACAAGAGCCUGUUUCAACGAAAAGUGACUCUGUUGUUGUUCGGCGAAUGCAUUCAAGUGAAGGAGCAUUAACUCGUGGAGUCGCGCACGAUAAAAAUAGGGUAAUGGAUCGUUCGGAUACUAAAUUAGAAACUUUACCAGGUGUGGACGCUACCGGGGCGUGUGACAAAGCUGCCUCUAGACUUCGAGAAAUUUUACACCAUCUUCAACAUGGUGAAGUACCAAUCAAUGUCAUACAGAAAUCGUUACAGUACGCUGCAAGUGUCCUGGAAACUGCAACAACGAGCGAAUCUAACCUUUGUGUCGUUGCUAGGAAAGAUCAUCCAGGGAUCCUGACUAACUGCAAUCCGAGUUGUUCCAUUGUUACUCCAUCCAAGAAGCGGUCUACUGGACAGCCAAGCGCCAUCUCGGAUCUAACCAGACAACUCGUGGAUGAAGAUGAUUUGUCAGAAGUUCAGCCUGAUGCUGUGCCUGAUGAAGUGCGUGACUGGUUGGCUACUACUUUUACUCGACAUGCCACGGCACAAAGGAGGCGAGGAGACGACAAGCCUCGUUUCAGAUCUGUAGCCAAUGCAAUUCGAGCGGGUAUUAUGGUCGAUAAGAUAUACAGACGGAUUUGCACUCCAGCCGUGAUGCAGAUACCAAACAACAUUACCAAACAUCUUAAGAAUAUGGAUAAUUGGUCUUUCGAUGUGUUUUCUGUGAACCAAGUAUCCAGUGGUCAAAUCCUUCGCUACGUUACCACUGACCUACUAAAUCGAUAUGGUUUAAUCUCGAAGUUUAAGAUUCCAGUCACAGUUCUUGAAAACUUUCUGAUCCACGUAGAGUCAGGUUACGGUAAAUACAAGAAUCCUUACCAUAACAACAUUCAUGCUGCUGACGUCACACAGACCGUCCACUACAUGCUCUGUCAGGCAGGAUUAGCGAACUGGUUGACGGACGUGGAGGUGUUUGCUACUUUGUUCGCCGCUGUUAUACACGAUUACGAACACACUGGAACAACAAACAACUUUCAUGUUAUGUCCGGAUCAGAAAUGGCAUUGUUGUAUAACGAUAGAGCGGUUCUAGAAAAUCACCAUCUAAGUGCAGCUUUCAGGUUGUUGAAGGACGAAAAUCUCAAUGUGCUUCAAAAUCUUAGCAAGGAAGAAUACAGAGAUUUCCGAGGGUUGGUAGUAGAGAUGGUGCUUGGAACAGAUAUGUCGUCACAUUUUCACCACCUCAAAACAAUAAAAACGCUAAUAACUCACAAAGAGCUCAAUAUAGACAAGGCAAAAAGCAUGGCUCUUGUUCUACACUGCUGUGAUAUCAGCCAUCCGAGUAAGGAAUGGAGGUUACACUUCCCUUGGACGAAGCUUCUCAUGGAAGAAUUCUUUCAACAGGGCGACAAAGAAAGAGAACUAGGUCUGCCCUUUUCACCACUUUGUGAUAGAAACACAACGUUAGUAGCUGAAUCUCAGAUCGGAUUCAUAAACUUCAUCGUAUCUCCCAGUAUGGAAAUACUUGGAGAUCUGUUAGACAAAAUACAGUUGACAAUAGCACAAAUUAAUAGACCAGCAGAAGGCUCAAGCAGCGAAGAAAAUGGAGAUAAGACAGAAUGUAACUCUCGUAUAAAGUCAACAAAGGACGUUAAUUACGCUUCUUUGGACACCGCGAAUGGUCCAGGUUUCGAGUAUAAGGCAAACCCCUCUAGUAAUAGUGCCUCUAGUUCUGCUACUUUAGGCUUAGGUAAUGGAAAGAAGAUUCAAAGACCUUGGGUUCUAUGCUUAGAGCAUAACAAAGCUUUCUGGCAAGAAAGAGCAAAGAAAGAUGCCGAGAUAAAGGCGUUGGAAGAUGGUCAGAGGUCGUCUUCAAAAGAACAUCAAGAUGAAACAAGUCAUUUUUCAUUUUCGUCAUCAGAAAAACAGUGAAUUGUGAAUCAGGAGCUUUGUGAUAAAAUAUUGGAACUUUUUAAAUACUAACACCGAAAAGGUAGCAGCCUCCGACACAUUACACUUGAACACGUAGCUAAUGUGAUCAUUGUAGUUUGUAUUUUCUUUCACGUGAAGAUGUUAACAUACAAGAGGUUUUUAGGUCUAAUCUACUCGUCUUCUGAUCCUUUCAAGAGUCUUGAUUCUUCUCAACGAGCAAUCCUUACAUAUUGACAUGAAACUUUCAUAACCGCAUUUUAAUCAUCUUUUGUACAGAAUGUUCAGUUUACUGAAUACACCGAGUUUAUCCAACUGAAAAUUACUGAAAGUUAGGAUGUAAACCAAGUCUUAUACGAUAUUUAUAUCAAACAAAUUGCACAUUAAGAUCACUAACAAUGGCGAAAUGUAACUUUACUUUGAAAUUAUGUUAUUUCAAAUAUCAUCUUUUUUUAGACUGAUCUCCCUGGAUCAAGUUAUCAUCAAAGGUAACAAACUUCAAAUAUAUUUCAUGUAUGUAGGAAAAUUUUUAAGUACGACAAUUUGGAUUUAAUUCUAUAUUACUUACAAGAUAAAAAAUCAGUCAAAUGUAGUACUAGAAUUAGUUUGGAUAUUUAAACAAGCUUUUUUCAUACAAACGACAAAGGCAGUAAUAAUAAUAAUUAGUCAGCACCCAUGCAUAAUUUUGAAAAAGACACAUUCAGUGAGAAUUUUAUUAAUUCUGGUAAAAUGACAAUAUAGUUAUUUGUGAAACGUUUUUGCAGCGCCAGCAACACGCUUGUCAUAGUUUCAAAAUAUACAAGGGCAUAAUUUGUUUAUAUAGAACACCACCAGGUGCUUGUUAUAACAGUACAGCAGUACUUUAAAAGCUCGUGUUUUGUUUAAAACCCUAAUGUCGUGUUCUGCCUUACAGCUGUUGCAUAGUGACGAAAAUAAUUACUAUUAUUACAAAGUUGAGGUUCCUACCGAAAGAGUCUGUAAAGCUGUUGCUUAUUUAACUAAGUAUAAGUCAGCAACAUAUAUAAACUUUAUGACGGUUUCAGUAUCCAAGCAUUGAAACAGUGCAAAUGGUAUUAAGUUAUUAUUGUAAAAUAUACUCAAGCUCCCCUACGUGUAUAUGUACAUAACCUGUUCAAUUGGUUGAGGUGCUUAUGUGCUAAGAAUCAUAUUUACCCGUGUGAAUACUUCCUGCUUUGUACAUACUUCAAACUAUAUAUUCUUAACAUUGGAGUAAGCUAGAUUUUGAGAAUGGUGAUCAUUUUUGUUUUUGUGCAAAUGCAACAGAAAUAUUGUUAAAUAUAUUAAUGCAAUAUUUCCAGUUACUUCAAAGAUCUCGGGUUGAAAAGAUAAAUAUAUAUUUAAAGAGUUUGUGUAACUUCUGUAUCGUUGAGUUUAAUAAAACAAUUCAGUUACAAUGUGAGCUACGUUGACAAGUUUUAUAUUUCUAGUUUAAAAUAUUAUCAACUUUUAAUCAUGCCAUAGAUAUCAAAAAGAAUUGUACUUCUACAGUUUUGAGCAAAAUGUUUGCAUACUAUUCUAUGUACAUGAAAUAGUUAUUGAUUAAAUGCCCGAGUAGUAACAGAGAAGGUAGAGUAUGAUCGGACAAACAUG